AUGGAUGAUGGUGGUGAUGAGUCUAUGGAGGUGGGUGAAGGGGAUCGUGGUAAUCACAAGCUGCUGGUGAUUGUUGUCCAUGCUAUUAUGAUAGAUUCUGGCUUUGUUAGGUUUGACUCCGUUUCGAGGAGAAGGGUUGAAGGGUUUUAUUUUCCAGAUGAAUGGCCUUCAUUGCAAUUCAUUAUUUCUUUGCCAUACACUCUUCUUGAGAUCAUUAAGCAGGGUCUUAUUACAAUUAAUGGGAUUGAAACAGUGAAAUUGAAGUUUCAGAGUUUGGGAAAGUUUGUUAAUGUGUAUGGAUCUUUAGCUAAGAAUGAUUUUGGGCUGUAUGGGGUGUGCUUAGGUGAGGAGCAUUUGGUUUUCUUCUUGAACCUUAUAUGGGCGAAUUGUGAUUCAAUUGGUGAGAUGAAUGGAAAAGAAAGCUUCUCUAAUUCACAUGCUGCGAGGGAAGUUUUUGAAUUUUUGAAGAUUGUAAAGGAUAAGCCUACAUUGCCCCUCUUAAUAGAUUUAUGUGAGAGGGCUGGUUUGGCUCCUCCACCGUGCUUUAUGCGCCUUCCAACCGACUUGAAACUUAAGAUUUUGGAGUCUCUUCGUGGUGUUGAUGUUGCUAAUGUGGGAUCUGUUUGUUCUGAAUUUUGCUAUUUGUCAUCUAAUGAUGAUUUAUAG